AGCAACCAGCGAGUGACUGGCUCAGCCUCCCAGCCGGCCGCCUUCCUCCACCCUUCCCAUUGCUAGGGGCUCCGGAGCGACCCCCAGCCUCUCUCUCGGGGCGUUCCCGUGCGCCCAGCGAGCAGGGUGGACCCUACCUCGCCUCCUCCCCUCGGGCUCGGGCGGCGCAGGCGCAGCAGACGCGGCCGGGAGGCCGAGGACUAGAGCGGCUCCGGCUCCGGCUCCACCCGCCCAGCCAGCUCCCGGCUGGUCUGCGGCCGCCACCGGGACGCGUCGGGCAGGGCCGGCGGGCGGCGUCGCCAUGGGCUCCGGCUGGAGCAGCGAGGAGGAGGAGGAGCGGCAGCCGCUGCUGGGGCCGGGGCUCGGGCCUGCGCCCGGGGCUGCGCGCAGGGGUCGGGAGGCGGCGGCCGUGCUGCCCGCGGCGGGCCCGGGCCCCGGGAGGGUGUACGGGCGCCGCUGGCUGGUGCUGCUGCUCUUCUCGCUGCUCGCGUUCGCCCAGGGCCUGGUCUGGAACACCUGGGGCCCCAUCCAGAACUCGGCGCGCCAGGCCUACGGCUUCUCGGGAUGGGACAUCGCGCUGCUGGUACUGUGGGGGCCCAUCGGCUUUCUGCCCUGUUUCGCGUUCAUGUGGCUGCUGGACAAGAGAGGUCUGCGUGUCACUGUGCUCCUGACGUCCUUCCUCAUGGUCUUGGGAACUGGUCUAAGAUGCACACCUGUGUCAGACUUAACCAUUAAAAGAAGAUUAAUCCAUGGGGGACAGAUACUGAACGGACUGGCAGGUCCAACUGUCAUGAACGCCGCGCCGUUCCUCUCCACGACAUGGUUCUCCGCUGGUGAACGGGCCACCGCCACGGCCAUUGCGUCGAUGCUGAGUUACCUCGGUGGAGCAUGUGCCUUUCUUGUCGGGCCCCUCGUUGUUCCCGCUCCCAACGGGACCUCACCCCUUCUCGCUGCCGAGAGUAGCAGGGCUCACAUUAAAGGAAGAAUCGAGACUGUGUUAUAUGCAGAGUUUGGAGUUGUCUGCCUAAUAUUCUCUGCCACCCUCGCUUAUUUUCCAUCCCGGCCUCCUCUUCCUCCCAGUGUUGCUGCAGCGAGCCAGCGGCUGAGUUACCGGCGCAGCUUUUGUAGGUUACUAAGCAACUUGAGGUUUUUGAUGAUUGCUUUAGCAUAUGCAAUACCACUUGGUGUGUUUGCUGGCUGGUCUGGAGUUCUGGACUUAAUUUUAACACCAGUGCAUGUUAGUCAAGUAGAUGCUGGCUGGAUUGGAUUUUGGUCCAUCGUUGGAGGCUGUGUUGUUGGGAUAGCUAUGGCAAGGUUUGCAGAUUUUAUCCGGGGUAUGCUGAAACUGAUCCUUCUCCUCCUGUUUUCUGGGGCUACACUGUCAUCCACCUGGUUCACCCUGACCUGUCUAAACAGCAUCACACACUUGCCUUUGACAACAGUGACACUGUACGCCUCCUGCAUCCUCCUGGGAGUGUUCUUGAACAGCAGCGUUCCUAUAUUUUUUGAGCUCUUUGUGGAAACUGUCUACCCUGUUCCUGAAGGAAUUACUUGUGGAGUUGUCACUUUUUUAAGUAAUAUGUUCAUGGGAGUGCUUUUAUUUUUUGUCACAUUUUACCAUACAGAGUUGUCUUGGUUCAACUGGUGCCUUCCCGGGUCGUGCCUGCUCAGUCUUCUCCUCAUUCUGUGCUUCAGGGAAUCCUACGACAGACUCUACCUUGAUGUGGUCGUCUCCGUUUAAAUCCACAGACUUGCAGGACUCUAAAGGGACCGGACACCAGUACUGCACAUUCGCUUGGAAUUGCACAUUCAGUGGAAGAAAAGGCAAAGAAAGAAACGUCUUUCAGAGGUUUUGUUAAGUUACAGAGUCUCACAUUAAUUUAAUGACUACUAGGUAAUAGUAACACAGGACUUGAGUGUCACAGGGAUUUGAAUAGCACACGUGUGCUGGCGGCCCCCGUGCUGGACCCUGGGGUGGCAGUGUGGCAUCCUGGGAUGCACCACCCACGUGAGUAACCCCUGCGUUCAUUGUACCAGUGCUUGCCUACCGAUGAGCUGCAUUCUGGGAAGAAGCAACGAAGAUGAGCCCUUCCAGGCUCAUGGCAGAAGGACAGGAGGGCCACCACUAACUUCUAUGUUGGAACCCUGUAUCAGAUUUUAAUUACAAAGUAGCCGUGCUGUAUACCAGUGGUAGAAGUUAGCUACCGACACUAUGUGUUUUUCUACUAAAGCCAUUUCUUAUAUGACUCCUUAUUUUUAAUCGGAUCGGAAGCCUUUCUCUGUCUUUGGGGACAGGCCCUGCCUCCCGCACCCUUGUUUCUGUACAUACAGCGUCAGUCACAGCAGCAAGGUGAUAUAAAUGCCUGAUGGGGUUGCACUAACUGUUGGGUGAAGAGUGUAAUUCCGUUACCAUGUAGCACUUUGUUAACGAAAGGAGAGCCACAUGAGGCCUGCGUGCCUUCCACACCGUGUGGUGGCACAAGCGUCAAGUCCAGCUCCCACUGUCACCUACCAGGUUAGAUUGUGUUUAAAUGAUUCCCAUGUGAAAAGAACGGUGUAUAGCAUUGAAGGUUUCAGAUUUGUGUGUGAUUUCUGAAUUGUACCCUUGUGUUUUAACUUAAAUUGUACUAUAAAUGAAGUCAUUGUAUUUGAUUGGACAGAAUUUUGCCAAUUCCUAUUUCUUUCUAUAAAUAAUGGAUUUAAAAAGAAAA